AUGGACUAUGCUCCUGACUACUCAAGCAACCCAUCGUCAACAUCGUCAGAGUCGAUGAACUACGCACCCGAUUACUCCAACAAUUUAUAUGCUAAACCUGCCAAGUGCGCGAGGGAUACUCUUAAAUUAGGUGUAUGUGUCAACUUAUUGAAAGGUUUGUUGGGUGUUACAGUAGAUACCCCACCACAUGCUCCUUGUUGCAGCCUUAUCAGUAAUCUUGUUGAUCUUGAAGCCGCUGUUUGCCUUUGCACAACGAUUAAAACUAGUCUCUUGGGCAUUGACUUGACUCUUCCAACUGACCUUAGCUUAUUGCUCAACUACUGUGGCAAACAGUUGCCUGAAGGAUUCCAGUCCCAAAAGCCCAUAAUAUUGAUGUCAGAAGCCCAGAAGCCAGAAACUCACGUGCUCUUUUUAGAAGCAGUUGAAGAAGCAGAUUUGGAACUUAUGAUAGUGGAAAGCAUCUUGGAGAUAGUGGGCCGCAGUUGA